UGCCAGCCCAAGACAUCCAUUGUACUUUGUCUCUCAGACCAGGAAAACGUGGACUUGAGACUUGGUCCUAGCAAAAAAGGCACAGCAACUCAGGCUCUAAGGAAAAACAUUGUUCCUUCCACAGAACGAGUAGCCUUGGAGCUUAGACGUGGAGAGGAUCAUAAAUCCAACAAUACUAACUGUUGCUUUCUGUAGUGUGAUGUAAACAAGGAGUGCAAGAGGUGGAGUGACUUCUCCAACUUAAGCCAUACUGCAUUACAGUCAUCCACUGAGCCUCCUUUUGCCUCAGUCAUGGCUCAGUGUGCUGCUCAUCCUGCAGUCCUCAUCGCUCUGCUGGUACUCGGUCUGGCUGCAGUCCUGCUCCUCACUGUGCCUAGCGAAGACAUUCCCAGGGUCCCAGAGUUUAUGUACGGAAUCGUUUUGGAUGCUGGAUCCUCACACACAUCCUUAUUUGUAUACAAGUGGCCUGCAGACAAGCAAAAUGGCACCGGUGUGGUUAUUCAACACAGUGAAUGUCAUGCAGAAGGGGGUGGGAUAUCCAGCUACGCAGGUCAGCAGGGAGCGGCAGGGCAGAGCUUGGAGGUGUGUCUUGAUCAGGCGGUGCAUGACGUCCCUGCGCACAGACACAAGGUCACGCCCGUGUACCUGGGUGCCACAGCUGGCAUGAGGCUUCUGCACAUUUCCAGUCCAGAGCAUUCAGCUCAAAUUCUGCAAGACGUUGGCCAUACAAUCCAGUCAUACCCUUUCAGUUACCAGGGGGCUGCCAUUUUGUCCGGUCAAGAGGAGGGGGCGUAUGGUUGGGUCACUGUCAACUACCUCUUGGAGAAUUUCAUCAAGUAUGGCUUUGUGGGGCAGUGGCUCAACUCAGGCAGGCCUACAGUGGGGGCCCUCGAUUUUGGUGGUGCAUCCACCCAGAUAACAUUUGUGACUCAGGAGCAAGUGGAGGAUGAGAAGGACAUGAUGAAACUACGUCUGUAUGGUCAGGAAUAUUCUCUGUACACACACAGCUUCCUUUGUUACGGGCAGGAUCAGGUCCACAAGAGGCUGCUGGCCCACAUUGUCAAGUCUCAAGGUUAUUCAGUUUCAGUCACUCACCCAUGCCAUCCUACAGACUCUUCUGUAAAAGUAAAUCUGGACAGCAUCUUCAACUCUCCAUGUACAGCCAAGUACAAACCAAGCACCUAUAAAGCACAAAACUCCUUGCUAAUACACGGCAGUGGACAUUAUGAGCAAUGUGUGGGCAACGUGUCGGAGAUCUUUUCCUUCGACAGAUGCCCCUUCUCUCGCUGCUCCUUUGAUAAAGUCUUUCAACCUAAUGUGACUGGGAGCUUCAUGGCAUUUUCGGCAUUCUUCUACAUUCACUCCUUCCUGCAGCGCAUCACCGGAAUCACAGUGACCACUCCGUCACAAAUGGAGGCGGCUGCUAAAACAGUGUGCCAGAUGACUUUUACUCAGAUGCUGGAUUUUGCUCCAGAUCAAGCAGCUCACCUGAGGGACUAUUGUGCUUCCUCUGUGUUUGUCAAGGUUCUCCUACUCAAAGGGUACAGCUUUGAUGAAAAGUCAUUCUCGCGGAUUUCUUUCAAGAAGAAGGCUGGCGAUGCCUCAGUUGGGUGGGCUUUGGGCUACAUGUUGAGUCUGAGUAAUUUGCUGCCAUCAGAAAAAGUUCGAACAUGGAAGGCAUUAGCACCAGGCGUAUGGGAAAGCCUUAUAGUUCUUUUUGUGAUGCUCUUGGUCACCGUCCUGGUCUUCACACUUCGUGCCUGUGAGUGGAAAAAGAGAGGACUCGAUGACAGAGUUAUUUAGACAUGCAAUGGCACACACUGCAGUCGGAAAAAAAAAAAAA